GAACUAUCGACAGACUCCACUCAAAGAGUCCACAUCGCUAUUAGUACCUAGCCUGCCAACUCAGAAGUAUGGUCUCUCUCUACUUAUGUCUGCUGGCCGUGUUUGCCGAGGGCAGUUCUGUUGGAUCCUUCACAUGGGCAAAUAAGGAAGAAAAACCUGCCUUGACAUGGCCACACGGGAAGGUCUACUUCGCCCUGGCGGAAGGAGAAUUCACCAGGAUCCAGACCGCAGUUCUGUUCAGGAACCUCCGGAGAUUGGAGGCAGUUUCCUGCGUCAGGUUCCUCCCCAAACCUCCUUCCCAGGUGGCCCACAUCAAGUUCAGGAACGUGAGGCACAGAUGUGCUGCCUCUAUUGGAUACAAGCCGAAUAAAAUACUCGAUCUGUACAUCGGAUGGCCUGAUUGUCAUAAGACAGGUACAUUACAACAUGAGAUACUCCAUGGUUUGGGCAUGUGGCAUGAACAUACAAGACAAGACAGAGACCAAUAUAUUACUGUAUUUUGGGAUAAAAUCGAACAAGGAAAGGAAUUCAACUUCAAAGUCAGCCCUAAGGAUAAAACUCUCAGCCUCCCUUAUGAUUACGGUUCAGUGAUGCAUUACAGGGCACAAGCCUUUUCAAAAACUGGAAAUGAAAUAACACUUUUGCCCAGGGAUCAAUCAGCCUUUCGUGUGAUGGGCCAAAGGAAAGGAAUUAGCAUGGUUGAUAUAGCUAAACUGAAUAGACUGUAUGAUUGCCCUGCUACAUUUUACAGAGGCAAUGAUUUAAAUGGUGUUUCAUAUAUUAGCAAAAUCACAAGCAGGCAUCAGCUACCAGCUCGCUUUUACAAACUACGAGAUAUAAAUGCAAUAAAUGACGGAAGUAAGUCAGAUGAAGAAAGUAAACUUAUAGAGAGCACCACUGGACCUCAGAAUGAUUUGACAAAGGAAAACUUAUGAAUCCCAAACAUGAAUAGAAGUUACAACUGAUUACAAACAACUGUAAAAAACAUAUUAACAAUGAAUUAUUUAAAAUUCAAUUGCAUACUAGAUGUGAAAAAUGUCCCCUUGUAUAU